GAAACAAACAGCGACCAGCCAUAGCACAGCGAGUGACGGAGAGAGAGGGCCGUUAGGUGAAAAAAAUAAAAUAAAAAAAGAAGGAAAGAAAAUAAAAAUGGGAAGCUCAUCGAAGGAGGACACGGCCAGCGACGGUGAUACCUCCAGCAGGGAAACGCCUCCCCCCGAUUCCAGCCUCUUCUCCGAGGGAGAGCGAGUGCUCGCUUAUCACGGCCCUCGCGUCUACGAAGCCAAGGUUCAAAAGGCUGAGGUGCGAAAGAAAGAGUGGCGAUUCUAUGUUCACUACCUUGGUUGGAAUAAAAAUUGGGACGAAUGGGUUGGAGCAGACCGGCUAUUGAAAUAUACUGAAGAGAAUUUAAUGAAGCAGCAAGCUCUCCAAAAAAAACAGGGUGUUGACAAGAGUUCAAAGUCUGGACGUCCUGGUCAUUCUAAGCAAAAGGGUUCUACUGAUGCAAAGGUGGAUAAAGAUGACCUGAAAAGCAAUGUGGCUAAAGGGAAGAAGCGAAAGAGUGACUCCAGUGUAGAGAAGGACAAUCUGUCUUUAGAAAGGCUGAUCAAGAUCCAAAUUCCUCCAACCUUAAAGAAGCAGCUUGUUGAUGAUUGGGAAUUUGUUACUCAGCAGGAUCAGCUCGUUAAACUUCCACGCUCACCCAAUGUUGACCAGAUUUUGACGAAGUAUAUUCAAUACAGAACAAAGAAGGAAAACUUGUUGGUUGGAACAGUUAUAGAAAUCAUGAGAGGCAUUCGGCUUUACUUUGACAAAGCAUUGCCUGCGAUGCUUCUUUACAAAAAAGAACGUGAACAGUAUCAUCAUGUAAUCGUAAAUAAUGUUUCCCCAUCUACCAUAUAUGGUGCUGAACAUUUGUUACGCCUCUUUGUCAAGUUGCCAGAGCUAUUGUUAUAUGUUGACAUUGAAGAUGAAACACUGACCCGCAUGCAGCAGAAAUUGACCGACUUUCUCAAGUGGCUGCAGAAGAAUCAAAGUACUUAUUUUCUUUCUCGGUAUGAUGGAUAAAGUGUUUUGUAAAAGAAUGCUGAGGGAGAAGAUGGCUGAAGUAUCUACGAAAACGCUCUGCUAUCAUUGUUAGAUGGUGUUGCCAGCCACUGAGUUUCAUGACAACCUUGGCAUGAUUACCUCAACAAUCCUGGAAGGAAGCAUCCAAUUGUUGUAACACUACUAGCAUUUCAUCUUUUGUUUUCUGGUGGCAAGGUAUGUCAAAUUCAAGACUUCUUGUAGUAUCAGGAUGGUUCAUUGUAAUUGCUGUCUAUGAUAUGCGUUUUUAUUUGAGAAUUUUAUGGUAAUAGCUCACUUCAUUACAAUUCUAACUUUGUAGAAUGCUUAUUUUGUUUGCCCCGGUGUUUUCAUGACAUUUUGCAA